UUUAGAAAAUAUUGGAGGGGCGAACAAAAUUGUUCAAUUAGAUGAAUUUAUUGUUUCAGGUCGGCAUUUAGGACAUUAGGUUAUUGGAAUGAUUGAACAUUGAUCUGAAGACUUGAGAUUGAAGGUGCCCUGUGUGUGUGUGUGUGUUGGUGUCCUAUAUCAAGAAACAUGUAGAAGUGGGCACUACAAUACAAACAGACCUUUGGCGGGCAUACAACUGCCUUAGUCAUCACGGGUACAUCCACAAGAAAGUGAAAUUCAGAUCGAGAUAACCUCUUUGUAUUAACCCAGAUGGGACUCAUACUCAAAGUAUAGAGUCCCAAUGGAGAGGGAUAAAAAGAUUUAGUGUGAGUUCAGGAGUAACAUUGUCGGAAUUUCUGACAAAAGACAGACACAUUCAUGGCUGCUAGACAAUGGUUUGGUGUCAAUAAAUGUUGGACCAAUGAAGGUACCAUCUUUCUUAUCAGUCCUGAUGGGUCAAAACGUAGAAUCACUUCAAUAACUGAACUUGAGAGUAUUCCAUCUACAUCGGUUAGCACUGAGAAAAAGGCAAUAAUUGCAUAGACCAAAUUAUUAGGCUGAAUAUUUACAAUAAGGCGCAUUUUUAAAUCUUGUUAUAGAAGACUUUCGAAUGUUCUUUGAAUAUAAAACUUAAACAGUAAGGCCUCUUUUCCAUUACACGGUUUCUCGCCGUGAAAAUCUACGGUUAAUUCGCCGCGUGUAGGCACGGUCGUCAGUGUGGUAUGGAUCACUAUAUGAGCUUGUCGACAUGCACGGUGGCGCCAAGGCACGGCGCCGCGGCCGCGUGCGCCGUGACUGCCCCUCGGCGCGCCGCGUCUACGCACGGCGUGAUUUUCACCAGUGUUGUAUGGCAGUCUAUCGGGGUGUGUCGACGGUGCCGGACGUACGCACGGAUUCGUGACCGCUUAUAUACGCUGUUUCGCGAUUUUAUUAUAAAAUGAACAUAAAUCAAGAAUUAUUAAUUACGUUGAUUCAAGAAAGGCCUGUAAUAUGGGAUAAGACCAUCGACGAUUAUAAAAAUAAGCGGCUUAAAUAUGAUUCCUGGAAAGAAAUAUUUAUUCAUUUCCAGCCCACAUUUGAAGAUUUAAGUGGUGAUGAGAAAAACAAGUUUGGGCAAAUGGUGAUGAAGAAGUGGACCAAUAUGAAAGAUAGCUGGAUAAAAUAUGACAAAAAAAUUAAAGAAUGUAAGUCUGGUUCUUCAGCAAAAAAAAUAAGAAAAUAUAUGUUCUAUGAUGAAAUGAUGUUCCUAAAAAAAAAUGUUGAGCAUCGCAAGACCGAUUCUAACAUGACUGAACAUGUUCAUGAUUCUAGCCUCAGUAAUGAAAAUUUUGAUAGUGCAGUCCCGAAUCAAUCAAGCUCGGGAUACACUGAACGGAGUGAGACGCAAAGGGCUAAAAAAAAAAGAAAAAAUGAACUAAGUGAAGUUGACAUUAGGUUUAUGAAGUUUAUGGAUUCAGCAGAACGAGAUGAGAAAAAGAAAAGCCGUAGUAUGAACUUUUUUAUGGGAAUCGCUGAUACAGUUGACAAGUUCAGUGAUGAAAAUAUGAUAGACUUUCAGUUUCAAGUAAUUUCAAUAAUUAAAAAUAUUCAACAAAGACAGUGUACUCGGUAUAUACCUACAUCAAGAAACCAAUGGGAUCAAGGCCAUCAAGGAUAUUUAAGUGGUACAGCAUCCUCAAAUGCGCAAUCGUCAACAUAUGGAUAUUCUACAGCUGCUAGAUCGGGCUAUGGAAUAAGUCGUCCACAGACGUCUUCUCAUGAUUUUGGACACGGUUCUGGUUUAGAGCCAAUCCACUACCGACCCGAAUCACAAUUAUCUGUACAUAGUGUAAAUGCGGAAAGUAUCUCGGCAGAUUCUCAAGUUUCUAUUGAAGACGAAUUCGAUUUUAGUGCCGCACUUGAGUAGCAUUU